AGGUAUUGAACCAUUGACCGCGCUAAAUCAGGAAAACAAUAUUGUUAAAAGCAGUAGGAAUAUAUAUAUAUAUAUAUUGACCAGGUGUAGGUAUACAGUGAAAGGGAAUGACCAUCACAUACCAAUACAAGGUCGCCACCACAUCACUAUUCGGCUUCUUCCGCCUGCUGAAGACAUGGCGGGGCAGCGUCUACAAACUAAUUUACAAGGAGACCCUUAUCUUCUGUCUGCUAUACGGCAUUAUCAGCUGCAUAUAUCGCUUUUGCUUAGCCGGAACCUCUAAACGAACGUUCGAGCAAGUUGUGGCUUACUGCAACAAACAUACCGACCUAAUUCCCGUGUCAUUCAUACUCGGAUUCUACGUCACCCUUGUCGUCGGCAGAUGGUGGACACAGUUUACCAACUAUCCAUGGCCCGACAGGACCUUGUAUGUAAUGGGAAGCUACGUGGUUGGCCGUGACGACGCCAGUCGCAUUAUUCGGCGCACCGUCGCCCGCUACAUGAUGGCUGCCCUCGUCCUUAUCCUCCGCUCUUGCAGCGUCUCAGUCAUGAAAAGAUACCCCACCAUGGAGCAUAUUGUCACAGCAGGUUUUCUAACCCAAAAUGAGGUGAUAGAUUUCGAGAACGUCAACUGCAAGUACCACAAGUUCUGGGUGCCACUUGUCUGGGCCAACACUGUUAUCACAAAUGCCAGGAGGGAGGGCAAGAUCACAAGUGACUACGGCUUCCGACUCUUAAUAGAGCAACUGGCCGAUUUCCGCGACAAGUGCUCGAUCUGCUUCGUGUUCGACUGGAUUACAAUCCCGCUGGUUUACACUCAGGUCGUGACAUUGGCGGUGUACAUAUUUUUCGGUGGCUGCCUAAUCGGCCGUCAGUACGUGGACAAUGACAAGGGUGAAGUUGACCUAUACGUGCCCGUGUCCACACUACUACAGUUCCUCUUCUAUAUGGGCUGGCUAAAGGUAGCAGAGCAGCUCAUUAAUCCCUUCGGAGAGGACGAUGACGACUUUGACAUGAACUGGCUUCUCGACAGACAUUGGGGGGCGGCAAUGUGCUUGGUCGACUACUGUCACCAGGUGGUUCCUGAUCUCGUAAAGGACAUUCAUUUCAACGAAAUGGUCACGGAGGAUCUGCCGUACACCGAGGCCUCCAUGGCUUCACGAAGACCAAAUUUUAUGGGAUCCACGUACAAUUUAGCGCGACCGACUUUAGUUCAGCAGCGUCUGGUGUUGAACCCAGAGGCAUACGACAUUAACCAAACAGGUUUUGCCGGCUUGCGCCGUCGCUCAACAGCCCAAGGGGAUUCCAGCUGGAUCCUCUUCCGACAUAAAGAGAGUCUGCAGUAUGUUUAUUUUACAUUCAUAUAA